AUGCCGGACGCCACAACAAAAUAUCCAGCGAGGGACUGCUGGUUCGCGAGCCCGAGCGUCAAGUCCCCAGCGAGGGCUUUCCGGCACGUGACGGGCAGCUCCGAGAAUAGCGCCAGGUCUUCUGAGAGGCCGAUUCCUGAGGAAUUUAAGAAUUUCUGGAUUAAGCUUGUGUGUACGCAUGGGUGGACGCGAAAGAGUCGAGGCAAAGGGAAUUGCAAGACCUUUUUCGGGUGUAAAGCGAACAUUAAGGCAGCCGUUACGUGGAACGACAAGGAUGGCGUCAACAAAUUCAUGGUGCGGGUUACUGGCUUUGACGGAGCUCACAACCACAACGUCUCCGAGUCAACAUACAAGAACCAUGCAUCGAACCGCCGUGUGGAGGAUCCAGACGUUCUUGCCUUCGUGGAUGAGCUUCAGGCAGCUGGAUCUAAGCCAAAACUAAUCAUGCAGUAUCUACGAAAAAAAACGCGUGUUACGCUACGGGAUGUCCACAACUUGGUCACGAAGUUAAAGGAAAAGCGGAAAGGAGGUGCCACGACGGAGGAGCGGCUGGAAACCGUCUUGCGGGAGCUUUGUGAGACCCGAGGAAAUUGGACCACUGUGUUUGGGAAUGAUACCAAGACAGCCCAGACCAUCACGAUGCAAACGCGGCAAAUGCGGCGUUGUUUCAAGGCAUUUCCUGAGGUUCUACUGGUCGACGCCACACACAACACGAACGAGUCGUGCAACAAACUCUUCUCGUUCAUGGUGAACGAUGUGUAUGGACAUGAGUUCGAAGGUGUGAAGGUGUGCCACUUUCAUUUGAAGAAGUAUAUCCGGACGGAGAUGGCGAAGAGUGAAUACGGUGGACCGACUAGUUUUGAUAAAGAUGAAGUUGAAGAUGCUGUUGACAUGGCGCGACUGGCGCCAUCUGCAGUGGAGUAUACCAAGUACUUGAAGUACUUGUACUUCCUACUUGAUGACGUACAUAUCAAGGACAGCGACGCUAUUCCUGAACCUGGCCGCCCUUUUCUCAAGUACUUCAUGCGCAAUUGGGAUUCGAUGAAGGAAAGAUGGGCGUUGUACGCACGCUCUGAUGUACCGCAUUUAGGAAACCACAUGAAUAACAGGUUGGAGUCUUCAUGGGGCCACCUAAAAGAGGUUCUGAAGCCGGAGAUGAUUUUGGGGCAACAAGAAGUGAUAUUUGCCAGUGGUCGAUGA